CCAUUUGCUCCGAACCGGUUCACUUUUCACUUUUGGUUUCCAUGGUCUUACUAUGGGUGGAUGACAUAUUUUCGGGUGAACUUUUUUUCAGGCGAAACUCAGGAUAAGGCAGAUUCACUUUUUUUUACUAAUAUAAUGCGUGCGUCAAAAGUUGAGAGUUGGGCGAAUUUUAUCAGUUGCGGCAGUGCAUGCGUUGCCUAUGUGGCGUCUUCUAUUCAAAAUCACAUAGUUAACUUGCAUAUCAGUCAAAAGCAUCCCUGUGACGCAGAAUUUCUAUCUGGCGGGGCCUUAAGAACGUCGUUCAAUUUCGGUUGGUCCCAUACAAGUUGUACGUGCAUGAGACAUUAAAUUGGCGGCGUGCGUGAAUAUUAGGUUGACGUGUUCCCCUUCUCGCCCAAGGAAAAGCGGUUUCAGAUGGCGUCAGAAAACGCUCUCCCAACGCUUUUGUUCAGGUAUGGCAAUUAACAGUGGAAACUUGCGGUCUUCACCUGACGUUUAUUACGCAGCAUUACGUUAAUUACGUUGAUAACGCAGCUUUUUUAAGAUAAUCUUUAGAAGGUGGAUACGUAGGGGCACACCAGGCGAUUGUUGCUUUCAUCUAAAAGUUGCCUGUAAAUAAUAAGAGAAUUUUUUUUUGAAUAACCCUGCACUUUGCAAUGAUCUGGCUACACUAUCAAAUGCAAUAGCAAUUUUUGACAAUUGCGCGCAUUUUUUUUUACAACUGACAGCGACGAUUCCUUGAAUGGACUACUUUAUUUCAAAACUUCAAUAUACGCAGAUGUGGAGUAGCGAUUAAUAAUUAUUUUUAACUUGGCAUUAUUUAAUAAAGAUUAUUUGCUACGGGAAAGAAAUACGUAGCUUUUAGCUAGUGAAAAAUGAAUAGGAUUCAAAUGCUUUUCAAUCGCCAGCAGGGCAUUGCAAAUGACUUCACAUAUGAUUUUGCUUUACGACGGCUUUGUGUGGCCAAAGAAGACAGCUGGCGUGGAAUAUUGCCUUCUAAUUAUAGUUCAGACUAUAAUCCAGAACCACCGAUAUUUGCAGCGAAAUUUGCAAACUGUGAUAAUUUCAGACAUAUUUUAGCCAUUGCUAAUGAAGAUGGGAAGAUAGCGCUACAAGAUACCACAAAAAGAAACGAAGAACCCGAAGAGCGAGCACUCAAUGCACCACAGUGUCAUUACAACGCCGUUUUCGAUUUGGAAUGGGCGCCUGGGCAGAUGAAAUUCGUAUCUGCUUCUGGUGACCACACGGCUAGCUUAUGGCAAGUGGAUGAAGGCGGCGAAAUACGUAACAUACGGUCCUUUGAAGGGCAUACGCGUUCCGUAAAGACAGCGGCCUUUCGAAGACAUGACCCAUCUGUAUUUGCCACAGGUGGACGAGAUGGCGCGAUUAUAAUUUGGGAUACCCGUGCAAACUUAAAUGUGGAUUUAACACCACGAGCAGAUAACUGCAUUUAUAGCGGACAUGUCGGGGGACCGGGGACGCCAAUGUCACAAAAAAAGCGUACACGCACACCUAAGAUGACGGCUAAUGCCACGUCAAGCAGCAUUACAGGAUUGGCUUUUCAGGAUACCAACACUCUUAUUUCAUGUGGUGCAGGUGAUGGCAUCAUAAAAGUAUGGGACUUACGGCGAAAUUAUACCGCAUAUAAAAAAGAACCUCAUCCUAAAUAUAGCCUACCUUAUGCUGGCACAAGUACAUUUAAAGGCUUCACUAAUCUUAUAGUCGAUGAAUCGGGUUCACGACUCUUUGCUAACUGCAUGGACAAUACAAUCUACGCCUAUAACCUAUGCUCAUAUUCCUCGAAACCUAUAGCACGAUUCAAAGGCCUCUUAAAUAGUACUUUCUAUAUAAAAUCCUGCCUUAGUCCAGAUGGAAAGUACUUGCUAAGUGGAAGUAGUGACGAGAAAGCUUAUAUAUGGAACCUUAACUAUCCAGAUGAACCAUUGGUGGCAUUGUACGGCCACACAGUGGAGGUAACUUGUGUAGCAUGGGGUUCCACACACGAUCAGCCCAUUGUAACAUGUAGCGAUGACGCAGUUCACAAAAUUUGGCGCAUUGGCCCGGAGAACAUAAACGAAGGUGAAUAUUUGGAGUUAUGUCGAGGGUAUGCUAAGUAUGAGCGUGAAUUCGGAAAAAAGACACAUGGGUCAACACAUAAGUACAACUUACGUGAUCUGGAGAAUACACCCCGAUCACUAAAGCGACUAAUGGAUCAGAACGAACGCACACCUAGCUCAGUUGAAAAGGUGACUAUGAAACGCUCUUUUUUGGAGAUGCUAGGCGCUGUUGGUGGUGGUGACGAUAGUGACACCCAAGAUGCGAAACGACAAAAGCCCUUGGAGUCCAGAGGUCGCCGAUUAUUUAGUCCUUCGUCGAAUAUAUCCAAUUCGUCGACAUCACCACAAAUGCGCUGCAUUGCUUUACAGCUUAGUGUUAUACCUGAAGAGCUUACUUCUUCUCCCCCGAGUCCUAUAACAAGCCGAGUACCACAUGCACACAACAAUGACAGUAACCAAGAAAAUACAGUGGGAUCCACGCUACCAUACGUUUUAUUGAAGCACACACACCCAGCCAUACCAACACCGCUUACUGAAAGAUCAGUAACUGAAAACCAUAACAUUAAUUAUUCUUCACCACCAAACACAUCAACGACGGCUUCUACCACAACUGCGCAACAGCCACCUUUGUCUUCGAUGAUAUUUUCACCUACAUCAAAUCUGCCGAACUACGUACUUGACGGUGAGGCUCCACAUCUGGGUAUUAUGUCACCCAAACGAAAGUACAAAGAAAAGGUUGAUUGGUUAACUAAAAUACGGAAACAAAAAUUAAUGUCGACACGUAAUGCGUCCUUAUCCGACAAAAUUAUUGAAGACUGCAAUGGUGCAGUGUCCGUGUCCCCAGUAGCCUCAUCGUCGUCACGACUACAUAAUUUGCGACAGUCUGAGGCUAGUCCGCGCGUCACAUCGACUCCACGACGACGCAUGUCAAGUGGCUCGCGAGAUACUCGUGCAAAUAAUUCCCCUUCAACGUCUAGCCAUCAUAACCCACAUCAUCCAAAAACACCAACAUCUAGUCGGCGCAACAGUGAAACCACAAUUUUACGAUUUUUCAGUGUUCGCACACAACAAACCAGAACUACAACUGAGCCUAUACCGACCGGUCCAAACGCUACGGAAACUAAUGACCUUGAUCGUCUGCCAUUGUCACCUGCGAAUUCUAAUACCCAUAGUGGUAGCAGAGGACUCGCUUACAACCCAUCCACACAUGCUCAAGCUACAACAACUUGUAACGACUGAUUUUUUAACGUCUUGAUGCUUUAGCGUAAAAGUAAUUAAUUUUUCACAUGCAAUUUUGGUAAUAUGUAUGCUUUACUUCGAUUGUGCAUCAAUUUGUGCAUAUAUCAAUUGAAACAAUGCGGGUAUGCAUACACCGUUAUUUACUUUUUAAAAAAGUUUUUUUUUUUUAUAAUUAAUAGACUUAUUUUUAGUUUGUAUGACAUAAUUUUAAGUGUAACUGAAGGACUUUUCUAAAUGAAAUAGAAAAUUGCUUAGGCAUAUAUGAGAAAUAAAUUGGAAGCCCGUUUUCGCAAAGCGUUAAAA